AUGCUUGGCAAACUCCCCUCAAUCGCAGCAUUGCUGGCACUCAGCCUGACUGCUCAGGCGAGCCUAAUCUUCAAAAACCCCGGCACAACCUCAGGCUGGAACAAAAUAAAUCAAGAACACAAGGGCACUGUGAAGCAAGUGACAGAUGAGGCGUAUGAGGGAAAAACGGCUCUCAAAAUGACCCAAAUUUACGACAAAAGUUACUCCGGCCGGUACCACUCGGAAGUAGUGAAGAACGACAUUUACAAGCGCGGCGAUGCGGGCGCAUACGGCAUCGCGCAAUUCAUCGGUGAUUUCACAGACAGCGGCUGCGACGACUGGAUGCCGACGACCAUGGUCGCACUUAAGGGAAACAAACUCUACACGCGUGUCAAGCAGGGUUCGGUCUGCAAGCAGAAUGUGAAGGGGUUUAACAACCUAGCCACUGUUACUGCGGGUGAAUGGCACCGAGUUGAGAUUGAAGCGAAGUGGGAGUCGGAUGAGACGGGGUACUUCAGAGUUUGGUAUGAUGGUGAGAAGGUUUUGGAUGAGAAGGAUCUCAUUACUACCAUUGACGGUGAUGCGGCUUUCCAGUUCCGGGCUGGUCUUUAUGCGAAUGGUUGGCAUGAUGAUAAGGAGAUGAAGGGAUCCCAGGGGACUCGGAGUGUUUGGUAUGAUGAGAUUGCUGCUGGGACUAAACUUGCUGAUAUUGAGGCUGAGGCCAAGAUUGAUGCCGGCGACUGUUGA